AUGGCUUCUGCAACUAGCUUCUACGACUUCAAGCCGCUCGACAAGCGCGGCCAGGAGGUCCCUCUCGCUGACUACAAGGGCAAAGUCGUCCUCAUCGUCAAUACCGCCUCCAAGUGCGGCUUCACUCCUCAGUACGAAGGCCUCGAAAAGAUUUACAAGUCCAUCAAGGACAAGUACCCCGAUGACUUCACCAUCCUCGGCUUCCCCUGUAACCAGUUUGGCGGCCAGGAACCCGGCUCCAAUGAUGAGAUUCAGAACUUCUGCCUCGUCAACUAUGGCGUCAGCUUCCCCAUCAUGCAGAAGAUUGAUGUCAAUGGUGAAAAGGCCAGCGACUUGUACGAAUGGCUCAAGGCCGAGAAACCUGGCUUGAUGGGCCUUAAGCGCAUCAAGUGGAAUUUCGAGAAGUUCCUAGUUGGUCGCGAUGGCAAGGUCAAGGGUCGCUGGGCUAGCACUACCAAGCCCGAGUCGCUCGAGAAGCCCAUUCUCGACGAGUUGGAGAAGUCGGCAGGACCAGCAAACUAA